UGAUAAAGCCAUAGAGUACUGUAAAAAUAAGAAACUUAAGAAACAGCCUGAAAACUUUCCAUGGAAGCCGAGUUGGCACGCCUAUGGAAAGUGGAGACAGGAAGCACAAAAAGAGUUAGAUAAGAAAGAACAGGCAAGAAAAAACACACACACUAGAAGGAAAACAGUAACCUGUGGUCAGUUUCUGAAUUUACAGAAGGAUUCCCUUGAUGACUUCAUUCCGUUUCCUCCUCCACCACCUCCUGUUCACUACGGACCGGGAGGAGCAGAGGACGAUGUGGACGAAGAGGAAGGAAUAGACAAUGUGGAACGAGAAAGAAGCGCAGGAGGGGAAACGGAUUCCAUGGUCCGGAUUAUGUUUUCAGACCAUGGACUAUGGAUGAUAUCAGAACUGUGUGUGAAGAUCUUCCACCCAUUUCUGAGGGAGGACCAAAGUUUGUGGGAAAACUGAGACUGUUUGUUGAGGGUUGGAAGCCAUCCAUCAAUGAACUGGCAAGAGCAUGUGCAUGCAAACUCAAGCUGGACUGGACAAAAGUCCAAGGAUCACUACCUCUUACUACUGAUAUCUUUUAUGAUGCCACAGUGGGAGGCAGAUUUCAGACUGAGUACACAAACCUGUGCAACAGAAUCGAAAAAGGAUUUCCAGUUAGACUGGAUCUCACAAAACUGUCUCAAACCAGACAGAUGGAAGGGGAGCAUGUCAACGAUUUUCUCCACAGACUUGAGGCUGUGCAUGAAGCUCAUUGCGGGAUUGACAAACCAGAGGAUUAUCCUGGUAUAGUCCUCUCAGCCUGGGAAAGCCACUUGAAGGAACGAUUCCUGAGCGGUCUGAGAAUUGAGAUUCAGAAGAAAGUGAGAGACGACUGUGUAGAAGCAGAAACUGGAAGACUCCAAACAAUCUUGGCAUUUGCGGUACAUGUUGAAAAGAGACUGAACGAAAAGAAACAGAGAAGUAAGGAAGACAGAGAAAGAAAAGAGCAUCAGCUUCAAUGCGCAGUUUUAGAAGCUGCAAAAGGUGCUUUCGGACGUGGACGAGGUCGAGGUCGAGGAAAGGGAAAACAAAAAGGAAAAGGAAAGUCAGGUCCAGAUGGAGAAAAGGAUUUCUCAAAGUACAAGUGUUACAACUGCAACCAACUUGGGCACAUUGCUAGAAACUGCCCUAAAAAGGACAAUGUCCGAGACGAACAAUUUGAGGAGGAGGUGGAAUGAGGGGUACAGGGAAUGAACAUCACAUCCACCAGACACCAAGAAUCCGGUAGCCUGCCUUCUUCUUACUCUGCACAAGCAGCUGAGCUUGUAGCUCUCACGGAGGCGUGUAAAUUUGCAGCAGGCCAUACCGUAACCAUUUACACAGACUCCAGGUACAGUUUUGGGGUUGUUCACAGCUUUGGGACAUUGUGGAAGCAAAGAAACUUCCUAACGUCAUCAGGUAAGGCGAUUGCACACCACACUCUUGUGUCAGCUCUUCUGGAUGCCGUUUUACUACCUAAACAAGUUGCAGUGGUACAUGUUCGUGCACACACAAACGGCUCGUCCCCUGAAGCACAGGGCAAUGCACGAGCUGAUGCAGCAGCAAAAAAAGCUGCUAGAGACCCGACUUACUUUUCAAUACAAGCAACAGUAAUUGAACCUCAGGACGUGACUGUUGAUGAGAUUCAACAGGCUAGAACAGCCAAGGAUGUAAAAGCCUGGCGUAGUUCGGGGUGUACGUUACAGAGAGUGUCAUCAAGAACAAAACUCUCGCCGUUUGAAAUAAUGUUCGGACGGCCACCAAACACGGGAUGUGCUCCCAAAAGGGACACAUUAGCCCUAGAAGACGAUCACAUGCAAAGAUAUUGUGCAACGCUGUGUUCUGUGUUGUCUGAUGUGCACAGGAGGGUGAAGGAGUCUUUACCUAGUCCGGCAGUGACGGGACACACUGUACAACCAGGAGACUGGAUCCUGACUAAGGUCUACAAGAGGGCUAACUGGAAAGCUCAUCGCUGGCAAGGACCAUUCCAGGUGUUGUUGGUUACUCACACUGCAGUAAAGAUUGCUGAGAGGGACACCUGGAUCCACAUCUCACAUUGCAAAAAGGCUCCUACUCCAGAGUAACCUCACAUUUCACCAUGGUGAAGGAAACGGGCAACUGUUUCAAACUCUGUAAGGGACUUGCAUUUGCAGUCGCUUUCAUCAUGAUGGCUGCAUCUAUCUGGACAGCGGUAUGGAUCUGCACACAAGAAAAGCCAGAGAUAAAAACUGGACUUAGAGAUCCAAAGACUAACAUAUUUUGGCAAUAUGCCAACUUCACAGUGAGGGAGAACUCCACCUGGAUGGGAAAAGAUUGCGUUAAAGGAAUUUGGUGAUAUUGAAAUGCAACAAACAAAUAAUUCAAUACAGUGAAACCUAAGGUGAAAAUAGUAUACAGAGUAAAUGAAGUCAUUGCAGAAAGUGAUAAACAUGUAAUGAUGGAUGUACUUCUCUGUGUUCUGUAUUCAUGUGAAUUUUUUUUCCUAUUUUACGUUUGUUUCUAAUGUGUUUGUUUAUCCUAUGUAGUAUUCGGUGGAGUACCUUAAGUGGUCGCAUAGGCAGAUGGACCGUGAGAGAGUUUUCCCUUCUAGUUGGUAAAAGAACGUAUCUUUUGAAAGUUUUGACUGUCAGUUGGGUUUUUCGCUCUCACACUCCACCAUUAUGCUAAUCUCAUUUAUUUACCUGAUUAUAUUUUUUAUAUUUCUAUUUUUUUAUUUUUUAUUUUUUUAUUCUUUUUUCCUCAGAAUGUAGAAGGUUUCGAGUGUCCAAGUGACAUGGGGAGGAGUUGUCGUGGAAGAAAAAAUUAAGUUGUUUGUCACUGAAACUCGAACCUUGAAUAAGUUUGUUUAUACUGUUUAAGCUACUGAAUAUGUGAAAUGAACACGAUGUACUAGAACAGAAUAUUCCACUUCUGUUUGAUAGCAAGUUAACAGUUUAACAACAUCAUUGCUCUUAUCUAUAUGGGUUGAACCUCUAUCUAUAAAAAGCAUUACAAAGAAUGAAAAUUUGUCCUUCAGCCUGCAUACGCUUUGCUGACUGUUUGGAUCCUCUGCAGAGAAUAAACUAUCAUCUUCUUACUAACUUCA